CUUCUCAAACCUAUGACGGAGUGUUUUGCAGAUCACAAAUGUGGUGAACGUAUUAUUAUGAGGCGUUGAACACAAUCCAAGAUCGUUCAAACAGCGUAUGCGAAGAAAACUAGAUCAUCAACCGUUGGUUGUGGCAAGAGCUGCCUACGACGUAGGUAGUGUAAAAAGUGCAAAUCUGGCAUUAACGUGGAGAAAUACUUAGAUAAGUUGAAUGAAGGAAAGCGACAGAAAAUGGAUGUCAAUUUUCAAAGAAUAAAUUCAGCUUACUUAGGAGCAAAAAGUUUAAAGUUAGCAGUACAAAAAAGUGUUAAAGAAUCCAUCUUGUUGGAACAUGUUUUUAAACUUUUCUCAAUAAUAUCUUUCGAUCCUUUACCACAGGAUAUCAUUAUCAAAUUUAUUAGAAGCAUUGAUCCCCAAAAAUCUGCUGAAGAUGUUUGUCUUCAUUUAAAGCAAUGUUCGAUAUUUCUUCAAUCUAAAAACAACGACAUCCGCCUGCACAGCGUUGUACAUGAAGCCAUUAUAAAUUAUCAUGAAGAAAACAUUUUUGCGAUAUCUUCUGCCGAUCUUGCCUGUCACGUUGCUUGGGCACUAUAUCAUUUUGAAGACAGAGAAGAUGAAAUCAAAAUAAUUCCACAUCUAAUUAAAUUCAUCAAAAAUUUGUCAUCUGAACAAUUUUUAAAUAAGUUGAUCGAUGUAAAAUCAUUGAAACAAAAACUUAAUGAAAAAAAUUGGAAAAUUGCCAAUUAUUUUGUGGCUGCAUUGGAAAGAUUCUGCUACUACAAACAGGCAACAAAAGUACUUUAUGAAAUAACCGAAAUUCAAACAAAAGUGUUAGGUGUUGAUCAUAUUGAUGUUUCAUUUUCGUACAACAAGCUGGGUGUAUUGCUGUGGAAGAAUGGAGAAUACAAAAAAGCAAAAGAUUUAUAUGAACAAGCAAUGAAAAUUCAAACAAAAGCAUUUGGACCUGACCAUGUUGAUGUUGUGAAAAUCUACCACAAUCUGGGUGCGGUUUACAGAGAUAUGGGAGAAUAUGGGAGACUACGAAAAAGCAAAAGAUUUUUAUGA